AUGAUGCCAGUGCAGUGGGAGGGCCCAGAGGACCCUGGGGCUCAUGGAGGUAAAGUUGAAGACAAGUAUUGGAUCACUGUCACCAAGGUGGGCCGCCUGGAUAAGGAGAUGAAGGUCAAGUCCUUGGAAGAGAUCUACCUGUUCUCUCUGCCUGUUAAGGAGUCUGAAAUUAUUGACUUUUUCCUGGGUGCAUCCCUAAAGGAUGAGGUUCUGAAAAUCAUCCCAGUGCAGACACAGACUCGGGCUGGCCAGAGGACCAGGUUCAAGGCAUUUGUCGCUAUUGGGGACUACAAUGUUCACAUUGGUCUUGAUGUUAAGUGCUCCAAGCAGGUUGCCACUGCCACCCGAGGGGACAUCAUCUCGGCCAAGCUCUCCAUUGUCCUUGUGUGGAGAGGCUACUGGGGGAACAAGAUUGGCAAGCCCCACAUUGUUUCAUGCAAGGUGUCAGGCUGCUGUGCCUCUGUGCUGGUGUGUCUCAUCCCUGCCCCCAGAGGCACUGGCAUUGUCUCUGCUUCUGUGCUGAAGAAGCUAUUGGUGAUGGCCGGUAUAGAUGACUGCUACACUUCAGCUAGAGGCUGCACUGCCAUCCUGGGCAACUUUGCCAAGGCCACCUUUGAUGCCAUCUCCAAGGCCACCUUUGAUGCCAUCUCCAAGGCCUACAGCUCCCUGACCCCCCACCUCUGGAAAGAGACUGUGUUCACCAAGUCUCCUUAUCAGGAAUUCACUGAUCAUCUUGCGAAAACCCACACCAGACUCUCUGUUCAGAGGACCCAGGCUCCAGCUGUGGCUACCACAUAAGGGUUUUUAUAUAACAAAAAUAAAUGAAUUAAAUCUGUUAAAAAA